UGUUUAGGGUUUUGAGAAUUAUCUCGAUGAGUAUUAGUUACCUGUGGAAAGAAAAGUAGUUAGAGAUAAAAGCUUGUACCAAAAAUGAUUAUUGCCAAAAAUUUAUUAGGUACUACUUAUCAGUGACAUAACGUAAUACUCGUACAUUACACAAGUGAUUUUCAAUUUAUGUUUUUUAUAAAUCAAUGGAAAUUACCCAUCCUUUCCCAGAAUGUGUUGAACUUUAAAAACCCUGACGAAUGAUUUCUGGGAAUCCCCAUGUACAAAAACAAUUUCAACAAAUUGAACACAACAUUAAAUAAAUCAUCUAGCUGUCACUUUCUUACUUAUCAUCAGUUUGGUAGGUAAGAAGUCGUUAGCAAUAUUUUUUUAUGAAUACGAUAUCAGGAUUGUCCCCUUGGUAUCUCAGGUCAGCGUCUAAAGAAAACUGAAAUAAGCCAAACAUACUUCAAAGUAAUAGAACGUCAAUGGUCUUGUAAUAGAGUAGUAAUCUCUAUACACAAUUCUUGUAGUUAUAUCGUUAUUCAAUUGAAUAACCAUACUGAUAUCUAAUGUAACGUCUUCUUUAAACGCAGGCUCAAAAAUAGUGUCAAUCACAAAGCGGGGUUGUUAAAUAGUGAACGUAGUAUGAAAUUUAAUUCAAAAUGGAAGUGAAAAGUUUAAUAAUAUUUGUCCUACUCCUUUUAGGAAUAGAUGGAACAGUGGGUGAUGUGAAAAGUAGCUUAACUUUUGUUAUAGAUGAUACUUACUCAAUGAGUGACGAUAUAGCACAAGUGAAAUUAGCUACAAAUGCUAUAUUUGAUACUGUGAUGAAUUCGAAUGCUUCGCAAAUUGAAGAUUUCGUGCUGGUGACUUUUAACGAUCCUGCUAGUUUGAACAAACAGCGCGCCAAAACUAAAGACAGAAAUGUUUUUAAAAACGCUUUAAGUGGUAUAAGUGUGCAUGGAGGUGAUGAUUGUCCCGAGAUGGCUAUGUCUGGAAUCAAAAUGGGCCUUCAGAACAGCCGAGAAGGGUCUUCCAUAUACGUGUUUACUGACGCUUCUGCCACAGACUAUGACGAUUAUGAUGAAGUUGAAGCCCUUAGUCAGAAAAUGGGAUGUCAGAUUGUGUUCAUACUCACCGGAUACUGUUCCAAUAAAAAAUCUCCUCAAUACUUGGUUUAUAAGAAGCUCGCCAAAGCUACCAACGGACAAGUAUUUCACUUAGAAAAAAGUGAAAUUGGAGAGAUUCUGAAGUACGUGCAAAAAACUAUACAGAGCCGAAGUAAUGUUCUGAAAAGCAAAGAUUUUCCUCCAGGCUAUGGAAAUAAAUUUGACAUUCCCGUGGAUGCUGACACAAAAGAGCUAGUGAUUGCCGUAUCAGGAAGGAAUCCUGCGGUCAGCGUCACCGAUUCCGAGGGCACUAAGUGGCCUACUACAAAUAUCACCAGACUGAAAGAAAUCGCCGUGGUGAAAGUAGUUGGUGUGACACCCGAUGUGUACACAGUGGAAGUGGGCAGUGAGGACGAGACGCAUGUAGUCGUGUCAGGAUCUACCACAGUGCACUUCCAGCAUGGAUUCUCCACCGUCAGCCCUUCAGACAUCAAGGAUACCGUAACGAGACCUGUACCAGGAGUAAAAUCUCAUCUCUCCAUAAAAUUAUCCACUGAAGGUAAAAACGUUGCACUACAUAGCGUUCAGAUACUGGAUAUGAACGACAAUGUGAUCUCAACAGUACCACUGACGCUUGUCGAUAAAACCGAACAGUUUUAUACUACCGAUCAAAUUAUGCCACCAGAUCAUAUGUUCAAAGUUGCGAUAAAUGGAUAUGAUUUCAACAGUAAAGCUCUUAUAACGAGAAUCAGUUUAACACCCGUCAAGCCGCAAGAAAUUUUAGUAGCUAAAGUGGAGACAAAAGCUCCAGUGGUAGAAUGCAAGGAGAUCGUUAACGCCGCUUACGACAAACCGCUGCAGCUGAAGUGCAAAGUCAGUGGUUUUCCCAAGCCAGACGUAAUUUGGGAGUCCGAUGACAAAUCUGUCGCCUUGUCUCAUUUCGAGUCUACCAUUGAACUGCCGUUCGAUUACAUCAGCGUGUUGGAAAUAAGUAAUGUGACAAGAAACAGCACUUACACCUGUAAAGCUGUCAACAGUGUCGGCAGCGGUGAAAGUAAAACCACUGUUCAAACUAAAAUGAAGAGCUACUUUAAAGUCCUGGCUUUUCCUAAGGAUAUGACCAUCGAAUACCAGAAGUCAGUGAAAAUACCCUGCAAAGUGGAAGCCUAUCCACCAGCAACCGCGUCAUGGUACAAAGAUCGCAAACCACUAAAACCAGAUGGAAACCUGGAACUGUCAGAAGAUGGGUCCGUCCUCACUAUCCGGUCUAUGGAACCUAAAUUGGCCGACAACUACAUUUGCGAAACGAGAAAUGCAAGGAAGAUAAAGAUUUAUCCAUUUAGAGUGGAGAUUAGUGGUGUUGAAGAGCCAGAAAUAAGCAAGGAAGUAACUAAAAUCACGGCUUUGAAAAGUUCCGCGGUUGACAUUAGAUGCCAAGUAACUAAAGGCAAGCCAAAACCGAGGAUGCAUUGGUACUACAAAAGUACUGCUGCUAUCGAUUACCCCCGCAUGAAUGAGACUUCAGAUACCAUACAUUUGGAGAACGUCGACGCUACCCAUGCGGGCUCGUACAGAUGUGUGGCAUACAAUGAGAUGAAAUGGGACUCCCAUGAGAUAGAUUUGAUUGUGGAAUAUAAACCAUCGAUUUCAAGACCAAGUCAGUCUAUAUUGACCGCGGACCUAGGGGAACCCGUUACGUUAACGUGCCCUGCCGACGGAGAACCGGCACCGACCAUCACGUGGAAGCUCAAUGGAGUGCCUAUACCAAGCAAUGCAAAAUAUAGUAUAUUCGCGGAUGGGACUCUUAGGUUUUUAGCUACUUCAUCAGAUGAGGGCGAAUACGAAUGCGAAGCGAGCAACCCACGUGGAGUGGACAGUAUCAAAUACAAGCUCCAUAUUUAUGUUCCAGUCGAUAUUGAGUCUCCCAAGAACAGUUUCUUAGAGCAGAUGGAAGGUUCAACGGUAACAUUGCCGUGCAGAGCGGAUGGGUCUCCCAAGCCCAGCAUAACUUGGGUCCAUCGCAGCAGAGACGCUAAAAUCAGGCCCAGCCGAUUAGAGCCAAUCGACGAUACAGGAAGGUUACACUUUGAUAGGAUACUGUUGAGGCAAGGUGGCGAAUACACUUGCGUGGCUACCAACUCCAGAGGCUCCAAGAAUAUUACAUACGAAGUUGAUGUUUUAGCACCUCCUAAAAUUUACUACACGGCAAAAGAGUUCCAAGGGGUAGUAGGCGACAUGCAACUCCUGAUUCCGUGCAACGCUACUGGAAACCCAAAACCGGACAUAACCUGGGAGAUGGGACCAUACCAUAUAGCUUCAGGCUCCAAAUGGUUUGAUAUUAGUGCAGAAGGCAGCCUCAUUAUUAAGAAUAUUGACAAAGCUUCUAGCAGGUUCUACACAUGUAAAGCAUCCAAUGAUUUUGGACAAACACAAGAAGAUUUUAGUGUUGUUGUUGAUGAUUUUUCAGAUCCAGGAUUUAUUACCAAUGAAUUCAAGCUGAAAAAAGGAGAAUCAGCGAUGAUCCCUUGUAGUGUUCCGCACAAGAAAACUGACAGAGUAUUAUGGUUUAAGAACGGCGAACGUCUGCCUUCUUCUGAUCUAGCUCUGCACGAUGUGAGUGAAUCAGACUCAGGAACGUACACAUGCCGAGUCAGUUCCGUGGACCGUCCAGCUCAGAGCGGCUCCACCAGGGUUGAGGUCGGCUUUGAACCACGCUUUGAUUAUCCUGAUGACGAGAAGAACAUAGCCUUCAAGUACGGAGAACUUGUCACCAUGGAUUGUACUGCUAGUGGAGUACCGGAACCUAAGGUGAAAUGGUAUCACGACGACAGAGAGAUAAGCCUCAAAGAAUCCAGAUACGACUUGGAAAUGUACAACGACAACGACAAAGGACGCUACACUUGCGUUGUCAGCAACACCUACGGAACAGCGAAGCAAGAUUUUAUCAUUUCGUCAUUCGAAUGCUUGCUGGAUGUAACGCACUUUAGUAAAAAUGAACCUUUAAUGUUAACGCCCUAUAAUAAAGUGCCUAACUUUAAAACCAGUGGCGUCUACAUUCGUAUACCUAAAGACGAAACCAUUAAGUUAGUGUGCCCUUCGUAUUUCAACACGAUGUAUUUAAAAGAAAUGAUCGUGACCUGUGACAAUGAACAACAAUUUUUGCAUAAGGCAGAUGGUAGACACUUCGCUUACUCAGACCUAAAAUGCAGAGAGAUGUGGCAGCCAAUCGUUAAAAGAACAGGGCGACAGUGUGCAAAACGAAAUGCUGAAAUACUCAACAUCGGCUUUGAGACAAGAGCAACGUUCCAAACUGUUUAUGAAGUUUGCCUUGAUCUGGAUUCAAAGAACCCUAUUUAUACGAAACUAGACAUGCAACCAUCGCUAGCUAAUUCUGUAACUAACAACGAUACUGUAUGGUUUAACUAUGAUUCUCCCGUAGACUUGGAUGAUUUAUACGAUUGUACUAAUCAGAAUGCAGAGACAUCAGCGAUUUUGAAUAAGGAAUUCCACAGGGGCGACGGGUGUUGCUUUGCGAAGAGAAUGUUGGUGAAUCCUAUGGACGUUGCUCCUGGAUUACAGGGUGCCACGUACACCCAUCUGAACUUGGCGCCACAUUGGGGCACUUGUGAUUCCAAGAAUUGGGAGGAAGUGGAGCGCCGAGUCAGGAAUCUGGUAACGUCUGCGGACCGGACACUUCAAGUAUUCACCGGAACAGCUAAUGACCUUGAGCUGCCUGAUGCGUACUCGAGGCAGAAGAAAGUCGUUCUUCACAGCAGGGGAAAGGAUGUACAGGUUCCGAAGUACUUGUGGAAGAUAGUCCAAGACCCGACCACCGAGACUUCUUUGGUCAUAAUUCAAGUGAACGUGCCUGAUUUGAAGCUGGCGGAGGCACGUAACUACCAGUUGUGCAAUGAUGUUUGCAAAAAUGUCGAAUGGAUGCAGUACGGACAAUGGCGGAACGUACACCACGGAUUUACCUACUGCUGCAGCCUAGAAAAAUUCGAGCGCGCGUUCCGAUACCAGGGCGUUUUCCCAGACUUCAAGAAUUUGCUUCUGGAAGUGUCCGACUUGCCUGACGACCAUUAUUUACACGCUGCUUAAGCGCAUGCUUGUUGAUUUGUAUGAUUUAAAAAUGACUCACGCUAGAAUAGUCAGGGUCCGGGCCGAGGCAUCCAGCACUUCGUUUUCAUUUUCGUGUUCUGCAGGGCAGGCAUGAGUUUAAAUAAAGUUUCUAUAAAUUGUGAUAUCGACAUAUAUAAUGAUAGCAUAGCAGUAAUAAAAAAUAAAUUAAUUAGACACUUCAUGGGUGACAAUAAUACUGGCGCAGGACAGGGCUCGGUGCAUUAUUGAAUAUGUACUUACAGGAUUCAACUACUUUUUUCUUUUUUUAAUUUAUUUCUGUAAAAAUGAAUCAUAUAUAUAAUAUAGAUCUAAUCUUAUGCUGUAGGAACUUGUAUGUGUAAAUUAAGAUGGGCAAAAACUUUUUAUAUUUUAUUAUAUUUCUAUAAGUGAGAACCUGUAAUUGGCUCUGUAAUUCUAUUGGAAGUUCUAGAUAUAUACAGCGCUGUUGGUUUUCCAUAUACUAAAAUAAAAUAAUAUAUAGAAACACAUUUUAGAAAAAAGUUUCUUCUGUGGACUUAUUUCUUCGUUGCAGCUUAAAUGAAAUAGAUUUUUAUUCUCAACUUUGCAAAGAUUACCGUGCCGUACCGAUGCUUUCAGGACUCACCUAGGGUUCUAGCGUGACUCAUCCUUUAUAUUACAAAAAGAUUUCAGUGUUCUGCACCAGUACCCCUAGUGUAAAUUUUAUCGACAUCAUAACGUGACGAACGCGUUUGCGUUAAAGGCAUUUUGUAUAGGAUUUUGAGUUUCCAAAACGUCCCGCUUGGCGCGCUCUUUCUAAAUCCAAUACAAAAUGAGACUAAACGCAAACGCGUACGUCACGUUUCGAAAUCGAAUUUAUUUACACUAGGGGUACUGGCAAUAUAUGUUCCUACGUAUGCUACUACUAAAAAUGCCAUUAAAAUGUUAUUACUAAUCUUAGUUACUAAUAUAACAAUUGAGUGAUCAGAA